GCAUGCGCCAAUGUUGGUUUUGUUGAAACCUUGGCGUGAAGUAGCGUCCGUGAAUGUCUCUAGAGAUGAUGAAUUGACGUUUUGCGAGUCUAUAAAUGUUUGGAUAACUCGUCCCAAUGUUGUCAAUAAAAGAUUGACUCAUGCUACAGUGACAGCGCGAAUUCAGUGUGAAGAAGAAAUGCAAGUCAACCACGUGCUCAAAUGUUUACAGGAAAGAACAGACUGUGCGUCAUCCGAAAACGAAGGAAGUUCUAAAUAUUUGCUGACUAUCAGGAGGCUUGUUCCGAAAGAAAUUACGGAGGACACCGAAGAGCUAGUAGAAGUGAUUGUGGAAGAUCGAGAAAGCAAGAGCUACACAUUUAUACCCGUCUCAAACUCUGCAAGUGAUGUGAAGUUGUUGCAACUAUCAGCUUACAAAAUCACUUUGAAGUUAACAGCAAACAGUGACAAAGCUUGUUUGCAGCUGUUGUUGCCGGUGACUGACUUGCCUCGCAUUUCUGAUAAGAAACUUUGUCCUUCUGUAAAAUGGCUUACUGAAGAGUUGCUGCCCAAGUUGGCUAGUUGGAUGGGAGCAAGGUCAAAGGAACUGGGAGCUUCAAAGAGCCAGUGGAGACCUCCGUUGCCUAAUUCAUUAAUCAACGAGGACCAAUAUGGAAGACUAUAUAGACAUUUAAAAGGGAAGUACGGGAGAAGAAUAGCACAGAUAUGGCCAGAAGUUACAGAUCCAGGAAAGUUUGUGUACGAAGAUGUUGCCAUUGCGACUUAUCUUCUGAUUUUGUGGGAAAGUGAGAGGGAGAGUUUACAAUUGACUAGCAAGCAAUCCUUUGUUGAUCUCGGCUGUGGUAAUGGAUUACUUGUCCACAUAUUGUCACAGGAAGGACAUCCAGGAUAUGGAAUAGACUUGAAGCGACGAAAAAUAUGGGAAAUGUAUGAGCCCAAUACAGUACUGAAGGAAACACCUAUUAUACCAACAGAGCAUCAGGCGUUUGCAGGUAUUGACUGGGUGAUUGGAAAUCACUCGGACGAGUUGACACCAUGGAUUCCCCUUCUUGCAGCAAGGUCAUCUUACAAAACACGUUACUUUGUAUUGCCAUGCUGCUUUCACGAUUUCAAUCAAAAGUUUUCCAGGCAAAGUGCAGACGUCCCUCAGUAUCAGUGCUACCUUGAGUUUGUUGAAAUGGUUGGCCAACGCUGUGGCUUUAAUGUUCAACAUGAUCGUUUGAGGAUACCUUCAACAAAGAAUAUUUGUCUCAUCGGGCAGUCAAGAACGUAUCCUGUGGAGAGAGAGGAAGAAGUAGAGAAAGCACGCGAACAGCUGAUUGAAGAACGAUGUGGCUUGGGUACUGGAUUUGUUCCUCGGCCUGCACUUCAAGCUGUCAGGAACUGCACAAAGUUAAAUAGAGAUGUGGCUGUUGACAUUGUGAAAACUCUAGCCACGACGCUGUUACAACAAAGUGACAAGUUGGGACAUCAAUGCAACUCAACCAGUGCAGCCGUGUCACAAUGCAGUUCUACUGCCGAGUGGAGACGAGGAGGCCAGUUGUCUGUGACAGAGGCCGCGACUCUCUUUGAGCCUAAGACAUUGGCUCAUCUCAAACACGAGUACGGUGGCUUGAAAACUUUGCUAAGGAACUAUCCCCAAGUGUUUCAAGUUACUAAGGGCGUCGUGUGUCUUCGAAAUUGGGCAAUUGACGAGCCGGUGAGACGCAGGAAACAGCUUAGGAAGGGAGACAGAAACAGGAAAUGUUUCAAAGUCCAGUUGUGUUGGUUUCACGAGAAUCAUCCAGACGGCUGUCCAAGGAAAUCAUCCGACUGCUCGUAUGCUCACGGUAAUAGUGACUUGUCAGUUUCAAAUUGAAUUGUUUGUAAAUUAUGUUGGCCUCAAACAAUUGUUUGAGGGUUACACCUCACUCCAAAUGAUCAGUUGUUGUUUGAACUCCAGCAAGUAAUGACAACUGGUAAUGAAUUAGGUGAAGUUAACAGACUUAUGUGAGACUAUUAAUUGCACCUGUGAUGUUUAUUUCAAUAGGUGUACAUAAUUGGGUUUAUUUUUAUUUCUUGUAUGAAAGUGCACUGGUCAUUAAUUAAUAAAUUGUUUAUCUCUUGAACAUA